AUGCACCUUCCACCGUUACCCAAGAACCAAAAGCCACGUACCGCAAGAUGCGGAACAGAUAGUGUAGUUCAGAUAGAUGAUAGUACACUACUGAGCAUGUUCCGCACCCGGCGGCGGCGGAUGGAGACAGCUUCGAAUAUUUCCAAGUCGAUGGUCAAGAGGAUAAACAACCUAUCUGAAGCUGUUUACGAGAGUAGUAUGACAACAAUGUUGCUAGAAGACCUAAACACACUGGUGGAAACCUCGGGAGCUAAUGGUGGGGAGAAGGUGGUCAUUUCUGAUGAUCCCGUUAUGUCCCUGGGUGCUGGACCCUUUUCUGUUUCACUGGAAAGUGCGCUCGAACACGAAACGAUUCAGAAGCUUAGAACUCUUACUGUGAUGCGAGCUGAGCAGAGAAAGGCAGCCGAGUUGAACACCAAACCACAUUUUCAACUGAAAGAGUCAGUAUUGGAGACGCCGCAACCACCAAUUAAGUUCUCAUCGACAUCUCUGACAUUUGUGCUGGAAAUUGUAUCUCAAAGCGCUUUUAAGAUUCUUGACGCGACUGACAGUGUAAUGCUCAAACUGUCCAUGUUGGCUCGCAAGGCGGGAUCGCCUAUAGUAGACGAAAUGAAAGUAAUUUCGGUGCAUUCGCAGCACCUCUCCCGGUGCCACGCUGCUGCCCUGAGCCAUCUCAAGCAGUAUGAGGCAUGUGAGAAGUGCCUAAACAAGGCUACAGCGUAUGAACUGGGAAAUGCACGAGAGCAGUUGAUUGAACAGAAGGAGGUGCUCACUGCGCAGGAGAAGCGACAGAAGGUUGCUGAGGACCAACUACAGGCCUUAAGGACACGACUUGCUUCGUAUGAAGCGCAGUGCCGCCUUUGGUCUUCCUUUCUCUACGAGAGACAGCACCCGGCAUGUACAGGAGGUUUCCCGAUAUCCCUGGAGACAGAGAGCGCAUCGCCCUUAACAUCUAAAGCGGCGUCACUGCGUGCCCCUCAGGCGUCUCUACACUCAACUGAUCCGUUACUGCGGACCACAAGUGGUUUGAGGAGAGGAAGCAGCACGUACCAAAUGAACUUGCACACGAUGCGGCCACAUACCCCCUUAACAAUGGGAUCCGUGUCGUCGUCUCUGCCGUCUUCUCACGAGGAGAUAAACCCCCGUGUUGAUUCUGUUGAAAUGCGAGUCGCGCAGUUUUGGUGCAACCCCUACCUCUUGAAGGCGAAGCAAUGCCGCAAUUGGCGUCGAUCUGGUGCGCAUUCGGUGGCUGACAGUCCGCCCUUAACCGAAAGUAUUUUCCAGGCUUCCAUUUCUCGUUCUCGCCUAGCGUCGCGAGUUGAGUCAUCGGUGGGGCCUGUGGACAGUGCUCAUAUGUCUCGAGGAGACAUACAUGCGGGUGGAAGUACCGAUUUGAGUGAUACGAACACGGCAGAUACGCGUCUUACUGUGCUGUUGCGGGGAUUACUUCGUGGGAUUGUACGACUUCGCCGGCGUCCCACAAAUGAAGGUGGGUCUACUGGCGGAGGUAGAGAGGAAUCCGAGGAGGUGCGUUUAGAGGGUACCCCAACAUCCGAUAGCAAUGCCCCACGGGGGAAUGCAACUACGGAGGAGGGGAGCACGAGUGAGAGCAGCCCAAGGGGAAGUUUGCAUGAAAGAGGUGUUGGAGAGGGAAGCCCAUGGGCAGAGUUGAGCGGUUCUGAAGGGGGGAACACAAGCAUCGGUGAAUGCUCGGCGGGACCGGGCGGUGCCGUGAAUACUGCUGGAGGAACUCCUGAAAGAGGCACAGGAACCUUAAUGAGCGAAGGCUCGGGGGAGGCGGAUGCCUUGUUGGCAAGUGUCAGAAAACUCAUCUCUUUUCUUGAAGGGAGGGUGUCUUUGUCAUGA